AUGGAUGCUGCCAUAAAUGAAUACAAAAUUGUUCAAGAAACAAUCAGGCCUUCGACAAUUGCAAAGGAAGCAAAGGAAGUUCAUUUUGAGAGGAUGAUUAUUGUCAGUGAACAAGACAUAUCAUUAUACAAGAAGUUAAAUAGAGACCAACUUAAAGCCUAUAAUAUAAUUAUUGAAAGAAUAUUCUCAUGUAGAGCAGGAGCAUUUUUCAUUGAUGGUCCAGGAGGAACAGGAAAAAUAUUCUUAUAUCGUGCUUUACUUGCAACUAUACAGUCUAAAAGAUAUAUAGCAUUGGCAAUGACUACUUCUGAUGUAGCAGCUUCCAUUCUUCCUGGUGGACGAACUGCACAUUCACGGUUCAAAAUCCCAAUAAAUAUUGAUGAUAAUUUCAGUUGCAACAUUAGCAAACAAAGUGCACUUGCAUGCUUAAUUCGAGAAGCAAAAUUGAUUGCUUUUGAUUUUCUCUUGAAAGGCCUUAUGGAUGCAAAUACACUUUUUGGUGGAAAAGUAGUGGUGUUUGGAGAUGACUUCAGACAAACACUUCUUGUUGUUCGUAAUGGGAAGAAAGAAGAUUUUAUUAAUGAAAGUUUAUUAUACUCUGAUAUCUGGGAAGAACUUGAAAGAUUGCCAUUAUCUGAAAAUAUGAGAGCAAAGGAGAAUUGGAAAUUGAUAAGAAAAAACAAACUCUACAAAUAA